GAUACAAUGAAUAAAGUUCGCAUAGCAAACUUCGUUUCAACUCCUGUGAUCAAUACAACGAGAGUCUCUACAACAAAAAAAACGAAUGCAACAUCGAAAUCUUCAACUAUGAACUGUCAAACAAUGUCAACGGUAAAUACUAAUCAGGUUAGCACUGUACUCCUCUAUGACAUCCCAAUAGUAUCACUUUAUAUCGAGGGUCAAGAGCGGUUGUGUUUAGCCCAGAUUUCUAACACCCUGCUCAAACAGUAUAGUUACAAUGAAAUUCAUAACCGUCGAGUCGCACUUGGUAUCACUUGCGUUCAAUGUACUCCGGUACAGUUGGAAAUAUUGCGACGUGCUGGCGCAAUGCCAAUUAGUUCGCGUCGUUGCGGCAUGAUAACAAGGCGUGAAGCGGAACGUCUAUGUAAAAGCUUCUUGGGCGAUAAUGCACCGCCUAGACUACCUGAAGAUUUUGCUUUUACUGUAUAUCAUAAGUGCGCUUGGGGCUGCCGCGGUUCAUUUUUACCAUCUCGUUACAAUUCCUCCCGAGCGAAAUGUAUUAAAUGUUUUUAUUGUGGCAUGUUCUUUUCGCCUAACAAGUUUAUUUUUCAUUCGCACCGAAUCACUGCAGGUGACAAAUAUGUUCAGCCCGAUGCGGCAAAUUUCAAUUCAUGGCGUCGUCAUAUGAUUCUUAACGGUCAUCCCCCUGAGGAAAUUGUCCAUGCUUGGGAAGACGUUAAGGCAAUGUUUAACGGUGGUACACGUAAACGUCUCAUGAGUCACAAUUCUUCGACGCUAAAAACAACAUCAACUACCCCCCAAAGACAUCAGCAGCAAGAUAAGGUACAACAGAAUAUAAAUGUUCCAGGUGCCGCCACAGCUUCCUACACUGGUGCCUCGAAUGAAAAUGGUAGCGAUGAAACCAUUAUGACAGUGGCAAAAUCUUCUGAUAAUCAAUAUCCUUUCCAUGAUAUUGAUUUGUCUUUGCGCCGUAACAGUAGUUAUUUGGCGUCUCAUAACUCUUCACAAGAGUCAACAAAACGACAAUGUAAUCAGAUUGAAAAAAAUGUUGGUACAGUAACAGCUGCGGCUAUGGUCGGUGUCACGGCCGUUGCAGCAGCAGUUGGUGCCGUACGACCGACGAACAUAGGAAGCACAACGGCACAUGGUGUCUCAUAUCAUGGGAGAACUAGCAGUGUUUCUACAUUGCAACUAAGUGAAGGUAAUGCCCAUCAAAUGCCGCUAUCACGUAAUUUUAUGAUGGAUUACAUGUGGCAUGCGCACUCAACCCAACAAUCAAAUGCAUCUGGCAACAAAAACCGAAAUUAUAAUAAUGGUUAUAAUAUUACAGUGAGCCCGUUUGGGCUUACAGAUUAUGCAAUGCAUUGGUUGAGGACUCCACCCAUUAGCAGUAAUAAAGAAUUUUUCUCUCAACUUCCACUGAUAUCUAUGACGGGAAGUGAGAACGGAGAUCGUGCUGGAAGUAGUACCGCUCUCAUCAAAAGUUAUGAUAACAAUGAAUUGUGCCAACCAUUGAAAUUAAGUGCUUGGAAACCAAAUACUAAUAUGGCUACGAUAAAUGCCAGUUGCUUUUCAAAUGCUGGCCAGGAAUUAGGCAAUCUAAAUAAAUUAGUCGAUGCAAACACAUCUUUCAUUCCGCAAUUCGUCACGGCGUCGGCAUUCAAACCAGUUUGUCAACAAAAUAAACCAAAUUUUUUCAACACUUUUGCUUCGGUAACGGUAGCUUCGACAACUACUGAUUUAGCUACCACAUCUGUUAACUCUACCGCUACAAUAUCAACAGGUGCUCAAGCUACAACCAAAACAAAUCACUCUAAGAUAUAUUUCAGCAGCUUGCCAGUAGAAAAUACAUUGCAACCAACGUCAGAUUCUCCUUUACUGCUUGAGACUAGUAUAACAAAAUCAGCGACAACAGAAGCAGUAUGUAAUACUGCACCUCUUGCUUUGACCGUUCAUGCUAACUUUCAUUCCUCAGCAUCAAAUACUUUGCAAUUUCGUGGUUCUUUACCACAAACAUCCGUACAUUCUCAAGAAACACUUACCAUGCCGCCUCGCUCGCCGUUUAGAUCAUCUCCUAUAGGCCAGUGUGAUUUGAAACGUUGUGAGAUUGAUGUAAAAGGCUCUUAUGUAAAUGAUUCAAAUUCUUCAAAUAACGGAAAUAAUAACAACAAUAUUGACGAUGAUGAAAUGGUUGACAUUGAAACGACAGAGGAUGAUUUGCAACCCAGCAAAAGCUUUAAAAUAGCUCUUAAUACGGCAUCAUGUCACCAUCAACCUGAUGAUAUUCCAAACCUUGUUGUUCAUAAUCCCGAAAAGUCAGCUUUAGCGGCGGCAGAUCCCAUUUGGAUCCGAUCAGUGUCUCCGGAUUAUUAUAGAAAAGACAAAAAUAAUUCAAAUGUACAGCCAGUACAUAUGCUCCAAAAUCAUGUAACAAACACUAAUAUCACGGGAGAAUCCGUUGCUUUUGAUAACAUCGCUAAACAGCAGAUGAUCACAAAUAUAUAUACUAAAAAUAAUAAAAAUUGCAACAAUCGAAAACUUGAGAAAAGUUGUGGACGGUUUCGUAAAUCCCCAGUGUAUAGUAGUACAUCCAAUGAUAGUUUAUAUACGCCAUUAAAAGAUGAAAGUAUCAAUAAUUCCACCAACUCUAUUGAAAUGGUGAAGACCAAUUGUAUCACUCACCAACACCAUACGUAUAAUUUGGGGACAUCUUUAGUGUGGAAGAAACUCUUGAGUUCUGAGAUAUGAAUACACCAACCUCAACCGCAAUCUCGAAGAAGGAGAUACUGAAAACCAACUAGUUAUAAUCGAACAACGCACUCGCCUGUCUUUCGUCAGAUAUAUGUAAGAAGAAAAAAUGUCAACAACGUGGUCGCAGCUCGGAACGUUUAAUAUGCUUGCAGAGUUUACACUACUAAGCGUAGAAUGUAUAUUCACCAAUUAAAUUAUUGUUAUCGACAUGGCAUAGUAUUUAUUGCAACAAACACGUCAAACUUAUUACACGAUAUAUACAGGAC